GAGCCGGGUCGUUCUGCCAGCGCUACAACUUUGUGAAAUCUUUUUAAAAAGGUUUCUUUCCCGGUAAAGUUUCGAAUUCAUCCAAGAACCAACCAUGGACAGCUGGCUAAAGGAGCGUCUCUCCAAGUACCUCUGCUUUGAGGUGCCGGACGACAUGGUCAGCUACAUCCUGGAGCUGCGCAGCCCCCAGGAUCUGGACAACUACUUCAGCACGCUGCUCGACUCGGGCAACCCGGAACACGUGGGCUUUCUGAACGAGUUUAAGCAGCGGCUGCGAAAGAGUCCCGGCGAUGGUGGUGGGCGCGGCGGUGGCGGAGCAGGUGGAAAGGGACAGAAGGGUGGGAAAUCCCAGCCGAAGCAGCAGCCGGUGAAGGUGGAACCGGUUCAGCCGGAGCAGUCUGCGGCAACGACGAGCAUGAAGAAGCGCACCAAGUACGUGAAUCUGUACGACCAGGAGGGAAGGGCGAAUGUGGUCCUGCUGAAGGGUCGGCACCUGUGCGAUUGCCAGGCCGCGAAGCACAAGCUGGUCAACAACUGCCUGCAGUGUGGCCGGAUCGUGUGCGAGCAGGAGGGCAGUGGUCCGUGUCUGUUUUGUGGCAACUUGGUGUGCACCGAGGAGGAACAGCGGAUGAUUGACAGCUCGUCUAAGAAGGGGGACAACCUGCGGCGCACGCUGAUGGACCAGAAUCGUCCGAAGGGAUGGGAAGAAGCGGUCGCGACCCGGAACCGGCUGCUCGAGUAUGACCGGAACAGCGAGAAGCGAACGACGGUGAUUGACGACGAGUCGGAUUACUUCAAGUCGAACUCGGUGUGGCUUUCGGACGCGGAGCGGAAGAAGCUGGAAAAGUUGGAGGUGGAGAUGCGCGAGAAGAAGCACGCCAGCCGGUUGGCCAAGGCGGUCACGUUGGAUUUCGCCGGGCGGCAGGUUAUUGACGCGCCGCAGGUCGACGUGGAGGAUGAGAUUUUAAAGCGAAUCGCGCAAUCCGUGGUGGAAGAAACGGCGGCAGAGUUAAAGGCGAAGCAGGGUUGGAAUCGGCGACAGCCGGACGCGGAUCUUUCGGACGAUAUCCACCCGGGAAUUGUGGGCGAAGCGCCGGUGUUCAUCAACGUCGGUUCCGCCCUCUCCGGCAGCAAACAUCCGGCCGUCCCGAGCGCACUAAACCCGGGCUACGACGGAGUGUACAGCAAGGUGCAGGACAAGGAGUUCCUGGAAAUGUCCGACCUGCGGCACUGCAUUUCGAUGCAUCAGCCGUGGGCCUCGCUGCUUGUGGCCGGCAUAAAAAAGCACGAAGGACGCACCUGGUACUCGUCGCACCGUGGACGCCUCUGGAUUGCGGCCACCGUCAAACCGGUCGAGCUGGAGCAGGUCCGCCAGAUGGAGAAUUUCUACCGAGUGCUGUACAACGACGAAAGCAUCCAGUUUCCGUCGCAGUAUCCCACCGGUUGCCUGCUGGGUUGCGUCUCGGUGCAGGACGUGCUGCCGCAGGAAGAGUACCGGAAGCAGUUUCCCGAGGGCGAAUCCGAGAGUCCGUUCGUGUUUGUGUGUACCGAUGCGCAGGAGCUGCCGAUUCGGUUCCCCGUCCGGGGCCAGCAUAAAAUCUACACUCUGGACCCCAAGAUUCAUACGGCGGCGGUGAAAUCGUUGACCCGAUUGUCCAAACUCAAAGCGGAGGAGUGAAGUUGAUCCGUUGAAAUGUCUUUGUUCCUUAAAUAAUUCAUUUACAUUAAAAAUAUUAAAAACAU